UGAUAAACUGCCGGAUAUUGUUCGAUUGAUUAAGGAUGUGAAAAGUAAUAUUUACGACAAAAUAGAUAGAUUUAACACAGUUGGAAAUAUGUCUCCCUACACUGAAAGUGUAUAUUUCUUCCUAUUUGUGCUACAUAUGACAGAUUCUUUAGCUUCCUAUUAUAUAUCAGAAGGAAAGUCAGUCUGGUCUGAUCAGUCUAAACAAUGCCGAUUUGCAACGCCUGAAAUUGAUUCAUGCUUGGACAAUAGAGAUGAAUGUUCAUUGAAAAUAGAUAACGAUAUUGGCAUGCAGGCUUCGGACGACAGUAUAUGGAUAGGGUAUUAUAAAACUGAUAUGGCAUUCGAAUAUAUUGGAUGCGUGGCAGAAAACAAAAUUCCUGAAGGCCAAAAAUGUUCUACAGACGAUAUUGAUAAGGAUCCUCGCCGAUGCUACCCAGAAUGUAUUGGGUCAAAUUUCAUCGGCUUAGCUAAGGACAAAAAGUGUUGUUGUUUUGAAAUUAUACCUCCCACGUGGAACGGCAGCGAUCUACUCCAUUCCCAUUGUGAUGCUGUCUGUGAAAAGCCUGUUAAGGUUGCUUGCGGUGGAAAGCAUCGGAAAAAAACUUAUAUGUCUUUAUACAAGAUCAACCCGAACGUGAAAAUCGGCGAACUAUCCACAGAAUCAACUGAGGAAGGAAAUUACGCAAACUGUCUCAAAAGAAAUCUUUUGGAAGGAACGUCUAAAUGGGAAAGUUGUGAAAAGAGUCACGGAGCAAUUUGCAGUUCUGGCAAUAGUACCGAAUAUGUACCUGAUAAAAGUGGGAAAUGGGUAAAUUCAGCAAGGCAAUGCUUUCAGAGGAGAAAGUAUCCUAUAUCGUAUUCAACUGCAUCAUCGCUAAAAAAAAUCGAAGAAAAGUCAGUGUGGACAGGCGUGUUUAAAAUGGAAAUUAUUUACAAGCUACGUCAGGAAACAUCAAGUGGAUAUAUGAACAGUGAUAUCAGAUAUGGAUAUCUUAGUAGCGGCUUCUACCUGCAUUUUACCAGAGAAAAUAAAACGAAGAGAGUGUUAUGCGAAAAAGGGUCGAUAGACACAACUACGUCAAGCAAGAAUAAAGUCACCAAAACAACACAGUCACCACCAGAUACAAAUACUGGUGUUGCUGUCAUCGUUUCUACCACAGUGGUGCUGGUCAUAAUUGUUGUCGUGGUUACUGUUGUACUCGUAUACAAGCG